AAUAAAAAGGGUUUCCUUUGAGGGCACAAUUCAAGCCUUCAGUGCAAAAAAGACUUACUGUAUGUUGGGAGCUGAGAUGGGCAACAGUGGAAAGAGAAAAAGGGCAAUUUAGCAGGGUUGCAAACAAAAAACUUAGAAAAGAGGGAGACUCAGAGUGCAGCUGCAAGUUUCCUCAGGCAGUUGAGUCAGUUUUUUGUUCACCACAGAGCUAAUUAUAAGAAUAAUUUCUGUAUUUUUGCAUUUAAAUUCAUUUCAUGCUUCACCUCAUCACAUGUUGGUGGGGGGAAAUCUCAAAACUGUUUUAUUUGAGCUGCACUGGGGAUACAAUCUGGCUGAUCUGCUGUGGUUCAACAUUUGGACAUCAUCCUGUUGUUGCAGCAAAUACACAAAUCCUUUAAAUCUGCUCUGUAGAUCAACUAUUCUUUUGGUUUUCUGGCUUCAGUCUGCACUUUCCAUAUGCUUGCCUUUCUGACCUUACAGUUCUGGCUACCUUAGAACCUGAUUUGGGAUCUAUUUGGGUUACCACCUGCGGCCCCAGCCCAUAGGUGUGUGUGUGUGUGUGUGUGUGUGUGUGUGUGUGUGUGUGUGUGUGUAGGAAGCCACCAAAAUCUAUCUCCCUGGGAAGCCCGAACUUAAUCGGAGGAUUUACUCUGCUUUUCACCUGAUCGCUCACACGCUCUGUCAUCCCUUCAUCUCUUUAUCCCUCGCUCACGCUCUGCCUGUCCACUGUACCUGCUGUCACACACAGUCUGGGGUCAAGACCUCAGCCGCUGAACUAAUGAGACACGCUCGGUUACCUCUGGAAACACGGCUGGGAGGAAAAACUGCAAUAGAAAGAAUUUUAAACAUCUAAGGAGUCUGAAGGACAGGAAAGAAAACGGGGGAGGGAUGGUCAGUCAGUAGCCCAGGCAGAGGGCCGUUGGCCAGGGGAAGCAGAGGGAGCUGAAGGUGACUGAUGGCUCCUUUGUGGAAGGCCAUGCUGUCGAAAAGCAGCCCUCUGUACAGGGACUCUCUGUUCUCCUUCUCUCUGUGGGAAUGGAAAGCUCAGGAGAGAGAACUGCUGCUGCUGAAGAAACUCACCGACAGGGAGAGGAGAGCACUGCUCACACAACUUGAAAAACUCAGUAAGGAGCUGCAGCAGAAGGACAAGGUCAUCGAGUCUCUCCGCGCCAAACUAAACCAGCACCACCACCAUCAUCACCCUCAUCGCUCUGACACGCCCUGCAGCAGCCACGCCCUCUCUGACACCACAGACCAGUCGGAUCGCAUCUCCUAUGUGUCUGACGAGCAUGGAUCCACGAAUGAUGAUCUGGAUCUUUGCUCUGACAUGGACGCUGCCAGCGAGCUCGGUCAGAAGGAAACUCGGUCUUCUACCAGAGUCAGCACAGAUUGCCACUCUCACAGUGGCACCAUGUCACAUCAUUCGUCUGUCCCUCCCUCCAUCACCUCAUCCCACAGAGCCCAGUCCUGCCUUAGCUGUCCCAGCAUGCAUUGCCCCAGCUCGCCACACAAAUCCGCAGACAUGCAGAGUCAGACAGCUCCAGCCUCAGUCUUCACCUCUACCCCCUUCCACCCUCCCCCCACCUGCUCCUCCACCCAGAGGAUACCUAUGCCCUUCCAUCCCCACCCCACAACCCUGCGCACCCGUUACCAAGGCAACAGGGGAGUGGGUUUUUCCUUGGCUGAGGUGCAUCAAGAGCUGCAGAUGUUACAGAGGCAGCUGGGGGACAGUGAGAGGUUUUCCACUCCCCAGUCCAAACCACUUCAGGGUUUCCCAUUUACCCACCAGCAGCCCGACUCCUCUGCCUUCCUGCCUCUCUCCUACCAUGGAUACCAGCCUUCUCCUUUCAGCAGCGCUACCAGCAGCAGUCUGGAUGCCAGCUCAGCAAUGAAAGCUGGGGCCAGUCUGCUGGAGAGCAGUGCAUUGUGGGAUUUGAGCUAUGGUACCAGACCGGUGAGACUCGGAGCUGACCUGUCUUCAGGAUCCUCAGGGUACCAGUCAGGCACCAGCAACACAGGUUCUGACCUGAUGAAGGAGCACCUGAGGGAAAUCAGGAGUCUGAGACAGAGACUGGAGGACUCCAUCCAGACCAACGACCGCCUACGACAGCAACUGGAGGAGAGACUGGCUCGCACCGUCACUGAGAAAGGUGCUCCCACCAACAUCUACAUCCAGGGUCUGGACUCUGUCGGCCAGCUCUCCAGUGAGAUCAGACUUCUAAAAGAGGAGAACGUCAGUCUGCAGAACCAGCUGAAGCAGGCCACAAGAGAGAGCAGCAAGGAGGCAGAGCAGUUGAAGAAAGCGGAGCUAGAGGCAGAGAGGUGGGCGGAGCAAAGCAGGAAGCUGCAAGCUGAGGCUGAUGCACACAGUGAAGAGAUUGCACAACUGAAACAGGACAGACAGAAGAACCAGGAAGCCAUCAACAGACUCCAGCAUGAGGUAAGCGUUCUCCAGCAGCAGCUCUGUGAAAGCCGCAGCAUGGUCCACUCUCUUCAGUGUGAGCUGCAGGUGUACCACAGAGUGUGUGGAGUCAACACAAACACACACACAGCAGGUCAGGCAAGUCAAGAUGCCAAACUUGGACUCAGCACUACGACCUUUGACCCCAGAGAGCUGCACAUUCAGCUGGAGCAGCAGCUGAGCGGACAGGCUGACACACAGCCUCGAUCCAGAAGACAGCUGUUCAACGAAAACGUUCCCUCGCCACCUGUGAGAGACACUGGACUCGUCAGUCCUUCUUCUCCUCUACAUCCUGCGCAGAAACAUGUAGCAGAAACUGGAGCAGCUGAUCAAGCAGCCUCGGCCCUGCAAGGUCAAGCCCCAGACGGCUCAUUUGCCAACAGUCAUGGCCGCCAUGCAGUGGGCCACAUUAAUGACUUCAAGGCUCUGCAGCAGCAAAUUCUGGAGGGCAGCACUCUCCUCAACAAGAUGGAUGCUACCCUUUAUUCCCUGAGCACCCCACAGGAGUUCAGCCUUCAUCAGCCUUCAGACUCAGGUUCUGUCAGGAAGCUGCUGUCUGACACUAAAACCCUGCGACAGAUCCUGGAGGAGGCCGACUCUCUGCUCCGCAUGUUCUGGAGAGCAGCUCUGCCAAACCACCAGGAAACCAAACAGGAUGAGUCUCUGAGGGAGGAGGUCGCCUCUCUCCGUCUGAGACUCUCAGAACAAGAGCAGGCUCUAAAGGACACCAUGGAGAGAGUGAAGAGCUCCAACCGCACCAAAGAUAGCAUGGAGCACUUUAUAGUCAACCAACUGUCCAGAACACGGGACGUGUUGAAGAAAGCAAAGACAAACUUACAGGAGAACGAGCUCAGGAUUUCCUCCCUUCGCCGUGCCUCUUCCUUCCACAUCUCCCCUUCUCCCUCUUCUUUCUCCCCCUCUUCCUCUUCCUCUUCUUCUUCCUCACAGCCCUGGCCUGGUAAAGGUGAAAACACAGGAGGCUUCUGUGAACUCGCCUUCUCUACUGGUUGGAGUGUCUUAAAGACUUCCUCCAUCUCCUCCUCCUCCUCCUCUGCUGUCUUGGGCCCGGCUCAGCACCAGCGCCCCUUGCAAUCAGCCUUCCUGUAGUGCACCAGCCCCGAGUUCCUCAUCAUCAUCUCAUUGUUCAAACAGAAAAUGCUGGAAAUUCUGGCUCUCUAAUUGGCUGGAGAAACAUUUCAGUUGAGUGACACCUGUCUGAGUGUUGAUGUAUGUUUGGGUUGUUAGAUUAUUUCUGCUGGUUCAUGAUGGUUUAAGAAUGUGAAUGAUUGUUAUUGUUUUAUUAUUGGCAUAAUGUGUGUAGGUUCUGAGGGCUUUUGUUGAAGCUAUCAACUGAAAUGUUUUUUUCUCAAUUAUAUGAGACCAGUCUGUGUUUGGCUGAAGUUGGUUUGUGAGUUGUAGCUUGUCAUUAAGCCACGUUUCCCAUUUUCCCCAAAUUCAACAAAUAUGAAAACAGAGCUAAAGCAGUGUUUGGGCUCUCAGAGACAAUUUGGUACAGGUUUGAUGAGUCUCCAUGAAAAGUUUUUAGUGUAGACCUGGUCUUAUGUGAUCUAAGCACAUGAGAAAGAGUUUUCUUGUUUUUCCUAAAUCCAAAUAUGAUAUCAUGUCUGUGUUUGACAAUCAUAACAACCACAUAAGAGGAAAUAAUCUCCCUAAACACGUGAAUGAUAUAGCUGCCAAUCAGAGGCCGACUUCAGCCCCAUACUUCAGCAGGGAUUCAAGAAACAAAAAUCCACGUGAUGCCAGCAGGAAAGGGGUUUGGAAAAAGCCAAAACCAAACUGCAAAGUGCUUCCUCUCAGCCUCCGUCGAGGCUCAUGUUUGUAGUUAGCGUGUAGAAUAGUUGCAUGUGGUUUGAGAAGCUCGUGGAAACAAAGCCAUACUCUCUGACGGUACAUUAGAUAUGUUUUUGUUUUGUCCUAAUUGUACAAAAAUUGUCAUAAAAAUGGCCAACUACUGAUAACAUAUGGAAAAUACUAUAGAACUACAAAUAGGUAGUUUGUUCAGAUAGCUCACAGAUAACACACCAGUUUAAGAAUUUUUGCUCAUUGUCCUCAAACUCCAGAGUAUUACUGUUAAAUAUGGAGUCAGUUCUCUUGAGAUGGUUAAAAAGAAGCUAUGGGUCCAACCCAGUUUUUCCUGCUGAAACACUAACCUGCAGUGUUGGAAGGCCUUCUGAUGAAGCUGCUGUGACAUGUAGCCUCUUGUAAACCAGUGUUCAUAAAAACAAGCACAUGAUACAGACUGCACUCAUCCAGCUGCUCAGCGGUUUGUGUGAUGCCUUCAGUAACCUAUCUGAUAAGAUAAAAGAAAAUAAUUUUAUAGUGCACGGUCCAAGAGAGAUGACAUUUCAUUUUGUAAACAGAAAAACGGACCACACUUUUUUCUUUCCUUUUUUUAAUAUAUAUAUACUUUAGGUGUUUUUCUUUUUUUUUCCUUUUUUUUUUUUUUUUUUUUUUUUUUUGCUAAAUUUAUGAAUGUCUUUACGUUUUAAUUUCCCUCAAGAUGACAAUCACAUCUGUAGAGAAACAUCUGUAUGUAAGAUAUCUUCAAAUCUGCAGGAUUUGUGACGCUCACUGU